UCUUCGCGGUACGUGCAGACGCUGGUCUCUCUGAACAGUGAAGUCUCUCCAGCCAGUUAUUAUUUUUUUAAUUUAUUUUUUUUCAUCGUUAGAAGUUUGGCGAAUCUUGGAACCCGUGCGUGCGCCGGACCUGGGAAAUAAAUAAACAUAUACAAUUAUUUUUUUUUCCUGUUUAUAAAUUUCACACCCUCGCGUCAUCACGGGGCGGCGCGCAUUCCCGCCGUGCACGAGACGUCUCGACCCGCGAACUCUGUCGACGACUGCAGCUGACGGAAGCUGGGCUGGUAUAUGAUGGUGAGGAGGCAGAGAGCCCCGGGGUACCAGCAGCUGUCCCGCUGCUCGCAGGGCGCCCACCCUCGGGCCGAAUGGCUGAUCGCCGCGCCGACCCCGCCGGCGGCAGGCAGAGCGCCGCCAUCGCAGACACCGAGGAGGCAGUCGCCAACCUCUACCUCAUGGACCGCCAGCUGGGCUGCCCUGACACCCCGGUGGCGCGGCGGCUCAGGCCCGGAGCAGCGCGCUACGGCAAGGAGCGCAAGACCACGCGCGAACAGCUCAAGACCCUGGUGCCUCUGAUCAAGAAGAAGACGCGCAGCACCUUCACCAGGAAGAUGCUGUACAAGCGGCUGCCGGUGCUGUCCUGGCUGCCGAGGUACAACGCCCAGGAUGCUUUCGGCGACCUGGUGGCGGGUCUGACGGUCGGCCUCACCGUCAUACCGCAGUCGCUCGCCUACGCCAACAUCGCCGGCCUGCCCGCGCAGUACGGGCUGUACUCGUCCUUCGUCGGCUGCAUCCUCUACAUCGUGCUGGGCAGCUGCAAGGACGUGCCGAUGGGACCGACCGCCCUCGUGUCCCUGCUCAACUUCCAGAUGACCAAGGGACUGCCACCCGAGUACUCGGUCCUGCUCUGCUUCCUCAUGGGCUGCGUCGAGGUGGUGAUGGGCCUGCUCGGCCUGGGGUUCAUGAUCGACUUCGUGUCGGGCCCGGUGAACUCGGGCUUCACCUCGGCCGGGGCGCUGAUCAUCAUCACGUCGCAGGUGAGGGACCUGGUGGGCAUCGAGGCGUCGGGCCGCACGUUCGUCGACAACUGGGAGAGCAUCUUCGGAGCGGCGAGCGACGUGCACCUGUGGGACACCGUGUUGGGCGUGUCUUGCAUCGUGGUGCUCCUCCUGCUCAGGUUGCUGGCGAAAGUGGAAAUCGGUCCUAAGGAGAAGGAGAAGCAAACCUGGGUCCACCGCAUAACGAAUAAGACCCUCUGGCUCAUCGGCACAUCUCGGAACGCCAUCAUCGUCAUUGUCUGUGGAAUCAUUGGCUAUUUCUCGUUCACCGAGAACGAGUCUCCUUUGAUUCUCAUAGGUCACAUACCCGCGGGCCUGCCUGCGUUCCAGCUGCCGCCGUUCGCCCACGACAACGGCAACAGCACGGUCGGCUUCUACGAGAUGGCCACCACACUGGGCUGGGGGAUAAUCCUGCUGCCGCUCGUGGGACUGCUCGAGAACAUGGCGGUCUGCAAGGCCUUCUCGAGCGGCCAGGUGGUGGACGCCACUCAGGAGCUGAUCGCGCUGGGGGUGUCCAACAUCGGCAACUCCUUCGUGCAGGGCUUCCCCGGGUCCGGCUCGCUGUCCCGCUCCGCCGUGCAGAACUCCAGCGGGGUGCGCACGCCGCUGGCCGGACUGUACACAGGUGCACUCGUGGUGCUAGCACUGCUGUUUUUCACUCCGUAUUUCUUCUACAUACCCAAGACGUCAUUGGCCGCUGUGAUCAUAGCAGCCGUCAUAUUCGUCGUCGAAGUACACGUGGUCAUACCCAUGUGGAAAACAAAAAAGAGCGAUCUGAUCCCGGGCAUCGGCACGUUCGUCGCCUGCCUCGUGCUGGCCCUGGAGCUCGGCAUCCUCAUCGGCAUCGGGAUAAACGUGCUCUUCAUCCUGUACCACGUGGCCAGGCCCAAGAUAGCCAUCGAGAACUGCGCGACUCGCGAGGGCGUGGAGUACCUCCUCCUGACCCCUGACCGCUGCCUCAUCUUCCCGUCGGUGGACUACAUGCGCAACCUGGUGAUGAAGCACAGCAUGAAGCAGAACCUGCCCGUCGUCAUCGACUGCUCGCACAUCUACAGCGCCGACUACACGGCCGCCAAGGUCAUCGAGUGCCUGAUCCACGACUUCUCCGCGCGCAGGCAGGCGCUGUUCUUCUUCAACCUCAAGCCCAGCGUGGUGUCCGUGUUCCAGGGUCUCCAGCCCAAGGGCUUCCUCGUCUUCUACGAGGAGAGCGAGCUGGACGACCUCGUCAAAGCUUACAACAAGGGCCAAGUCGAGUCAGAGACGAUUAAAGACAUGAGCUUCAUCACUGUUGGCGAUGACUGAACAUCAAACUGUGCGACACGGCACCGCGACUUGAACACUACUUACUUAGUUGAUAAGUACUUCUGUUUAUAGACACAGUUUCUAAUGACUGAAACUGAGCACAAGUACCUACUCUGUCACACAAAUAUUGUUUUGAGUUGUAGUUUAAGAUCAUUUAAAAAAAAAAAAACUUAAAUGUCACUGUCCUCUGAAGCAAUUUAUUGUUUACAAUGCAGUACUUACACCAAAUUUGAAUCUAACAACAGUUUGUGUCUUUUAUGUUUCUGCUGGUGUAUCAAGAGACUCUGAACGUCUUCGAGAUGCCUCGCUUGAGUAAAUUCUCUUUUAUGUCUCUUGUA